AUCGCUGAUACUGUGCUGAAGGACAUUCAAGACGUGGGUCGGGCAAAGAAGUUGGCCACCUUUGAGAUCCCCCGAAAGCUGGUGCUGGACCCAGAUCCCUGGACUCCGGAAUCGGGCCUGGUCACCGAGGCUAUGAAGAUCAAGCGUCACAACAUCAAGCCCAAAUUUGCCAAGGAUAUUGACGAAAUGUACGGCAUCACACAGAAGGCCUAA